CGAAACGGCGCGUCGCGGUUGCGUCACGGCGCGUCACGGCGCGCCGCGUCGUCGGAGUGCCGCGACGAUUGGGUCUCUCGGUAGUUAUCGCGCGUUAUUAAAGUCCACGCGAGUAGGCAGUAGUAGGGAUCGAGGGUAGGGUCCGGCGCGGGCGAUGCGAGAUCGCAGCGGCACUCGGACGGUCGCCGUCGAUCGCAGGAAGUCGUCGUCAGCCGUACGUAUACCCGAGGCCUCCCAUGGUGGCGAUCACCACGUGUCGCGCCGCCGCCGCCGCCGCGACCGUCCUCAGGGCCGUCAUACUGGGCGCGCCGGCGUCCGGCAAGGGCACCGUCUCCUCCAGGAUCGUCCAGCAGUUCGGGGUCGCGCACAUCUCCAGCGGCGACAGGCUGCGCUUCCACGUGUCCGCCGGCACUGUUCUGGGCAAGGAGGUGAAGAGGUACAUGAACAGCGGUAGCUUCGUGCCGGACGACACGAUGAUAUCCCUUAUCGGCGACGAGAUUGGAUCGGUGGCGGAUCGGGAUUGGCUGCUGGACGGAUUCCCGAGGACGUUGGCGCAGGCGAAGCGGCUGCAGGAGCUGCACCCGGUCAAUCUCGUGCUGAAUCUCGUGGUGCCGACCGCCGUGAUUCUCGACCGCGUCAAGAGCCGAUGGGUCCAUCUGCCCAGCGGUAGGGUCUACAACAUCGGCUUCAACGAUCCACGAGUGCCGAAUAAGGACGAUGUGACGGGCGAGCCGUUGUGCCAGCGGGAGGACGACAAGCCGGAAGUCGUGCAGAAGAGGCUGCUGGACUACGUGACGAAGACCGCGCCGGUGGUGCAGUUUUAUCGCGAGAUCGGCGUGCUGAGGGAGUUCCACGGCAACACCACCAACGAGAUGUGGCCGUCGAUCAGGAAUUGCGUGGAGCAAUACUGCUGAGCUCUAGAGAAUUCGAAUUUUUAGAUAAAUCUGUUUAAAAUAUGCGCGCCGGGACGGUCGCGCAGAUCUCUCUGAACCCCUGAAAUAGAUCUACCCAGAUCUGUUUAGAUUUAUAUUUUAGAUCUCUCUAAAAGAUCUUCGGAAACAUUUAAUCUACAUCUGAUUCUGUCUGCCUAAGAAUUAAAUUAGAUUAAGGUCGCGCAGGUCUCUUUGAACCUCUGAAUCCCUGAAAUAGGUCUAUCCAGAUCUGUUUAGAUUUAUAUUUUAGAUCUCUCUAAAAGAUCUUCAGAGACAUUUAAUCUACAUCUAAUUCUGUCUGCCUAAGAAUUAAAUUAAAUUAGAUUAAGUAGGGAAUCACAGAUUAGAUUAGACAAAAUCCCAUGCUCGCGCCUAAGAAUAUGCGAAUGUUAUUUUAACAACGAAUGAAAACGCACGGAAAUCUACUAAGGCCUAUUUGAGACCUGUAAUUCACCUCGUCUCACGCGAUCUCGAGUAAUAAUAGAUGGGGAAUACACGCUCUCCGGCAACAAUUGUUUUUUUGUCUCGUCGACAACGACGAGAUGGUGCGCGCAUACUGUGACGCAAUCCGCGCUCUUAUUCUCUAUCUCUCUCACACUCAUAUGCCCGAGCGCACACGAGCGCGAAUGCCAUUAGGCUGUAAAUACGCGACGUCGCUGCCGACAAUAAUAGGCCUCUCGUAUGAGAUGUUUCCGACGCGGAACGCCUAGGUGAUACAACGAGACUUCACGGUGGCUGAAAGGCACCGACAGUGAAGCCGAGCGCGAGUUAUCUUUUGUUAUCUUUUGCGCCUCGCACGACGAGCUGCCGGCUCUGCCGUCACUGCCGCCUGGGCCGAAGUCCGAAUAGUACAAAAGUGGGAAUUAUCGUACGAAUCGACGAUACAUUCUGAGAUGACGUAAUCGUAUUAUUACACACUUCUUCGCAUUUUAUUACUUCGAGCGUAUAGCGUUACAGUUGUAAGAGAGAUAUAUAACAACGUUCAAUAUUGUGUACAUAUUCAACAGUAUAAGUACAGUAUAUAUACGCAUAUAUACAUAUGCAUAUAUACAUACGCACACGUGCAUAUGCAGCGCGGGGCAUCUAAACGGGUGUACAGCCAAAUGAUUCUUUAACAAUUAAAUUCUCUCUUCGCCUUUUCCUCUUUA